AUGUUCGGCUGUCUGGUGGCUGGAAGACUGGUGAGUGAUGGCAGACAGCUGGCAUGGGGGGGGGGGAGGGGUCUGUCAUAUUAUAUAUUCUAUAUUAUAUAUUCUAUGUCAUGAUAUAAAGCGGUUUGUUUUAUUUAUACAGCAAUCUGCAUAGUGUAUAUACUGUGCUGUAUUAUAUAAUAAUAAUAAUAAUAAUAAUAAUAAUGUAUGCUUACUAUACAGCAAUCUGUAUGAUAUGUAUAACAUGAUACAUUAUUUGGGAUGGGAUGUAUAACAUGAUAUAUUAUUUGGAAUGGCGUGAUAUGUAUAACAUGAUAUAUUAUUUGGGAUGGUAUGCAUAACAUGAUACAUUAUUUGGGAUGGCAUGAUAUGUAUAAUAUGAUAUAUUAUUUGGGAUGGCGUGAUAUGUAUAACAUGAUAUAUUAUUUGGGAUGGCGUGAUAUGUAUAAUAUUAUAUUAUUUGGGAUGGUGUGAUAUGUAUAAUGAUAUGUAAUAAUUAUAUAUUCCAACUAUCAAAAACAUUUACACAGUUUGCCAGUUUUUUUUUUUUUUUUCUUUACUAUGAGUAUUCCAGAGACUUGUGUUGUUUGGUUGCUAACCUAUAGAAUGUUGGAAGUCUUGUAAGUAACAAUGUAUUUAUUUUUAAAAGUACUUUUCGCACUUGGUUGGGAAACCAAGGGCUAUGUAAAUGAGGGCAACUGGCUGGGAGUGGCUUGGUGUGUUAGAGAGUAGAUUUAUGGAUUUCAGCCUGUGUGCUCUUUCCUAUAUUUUUAUUAUAUUUAUCUUCUGUGUGUUUUCUUUGACAGGUGCAGACAGAUGCCCAGCAGGUAGCCGAAGAUAAAUUUGUUUUCAACCUACCUGACUAUGAUAGCAUCAAUCAUGUGGUGGUGUUCAUGUUAGGUACAGUGCCCUUUCCUGAGCGAAUGGGAGGGUCUGUUUACAUAUCAUACCCGGAUCAGAGUGGGAUGCCAGUCUGGCAGCUCCUUGGGUUCAUCACCAAUGAAAAGCCAAGUGCCAUAUUCAAAAUCUCUGGCUUGAAAUCGGGUAAGAAAGGGAGAUAAUCUGCAAUCCCUAUUCUAUGUAUGAUCGCCCAUGUAAAGGGGUCAGAAUAGGGCAGUGAAGCCUAGUUAUUUGUAAGAAACAGAGGGAUCUAAAUCAGGAUGACUAGAUCGGAGGACUCUUUUAUUGGUGAUUGCUCAGUGGUUAAUGCAUCAGUUGAAGGAUCUCAAAUGUUAACAUCUCAAGUUCCCAGGUUUCAUUCCUGAAAAUGUCAGCUCUGGUCACAUGAGGGCAUGAGUUGGAUAAUAUUUAUAAUCCCGGGAAGCUGGUUAAAGUUAAAUGUAUACUUUCUGGUGAGAUAAUUUUAAUAUUGUAUUCAGUCAUUAGACAUUGCUAGUAUGCUAGUGGCUCUGAAGGCCAGUGAUCUAGAUCAGGGGUUCCCAAUCCUCAAGUACCCCCUAACAAUCCAGGAUUUAGAGAUAACAACAUAGUUGUAUCUAAGGUGUUUUAGAAAAAAAAUCACGUUAGACACAAAAGGGUUAUUCCUAAAUCCUGGACUGGUAGGGGGUACUUGAGGACUGGGUCUGGAACCACUGAUCUAGAUUGUUUGUCUACUAGAGGAUAGUGUGACACAAACUGUACAUUUCUGCUAAGUUACUAAUGGUUCCUAAUUCAGUAUGAAUCCUUCUGCAGUAUCAGCUGAAAAAAUGCUGUAUAGACUUUGCUUGUAGAUAUCGAAUUCUACAUGUGGUGACUUUAGUGUAAAACAGCCUUGGCUUAAAUUACAGAACACCGUUUUAUAGUGCUAACUAGUAAGCUUCAAAACUACUACUUUCUCGAAGAAUUUAUUCACUAAUCAUUAUAUUGUAGUAAGUUAAAAACUUGAUUGCUGAUUGGAUACAUAGAAUGCACUCAAACUGAUGAAUUGGCUGUUGGAUAUUUGCCAUUACAGAAUGGUUUGAUCUUGAUAAUUUGCUAUACAAGUCAGGGUCGUUCACAUCUGAGAUUUAUUUGUUUUAACCCCCUGUAAACUCAAAGUGUGAGUACAGACUAAAAAAAAAAAAAGUAUCUCUAUUUAGAAUUGCACACGACCCCAAGUGAUCUCAAAAAACAUUAAGGUCAUGCCAUAAAUGUAGAAAAGUUGAAAAUCAGAUCAAACCAAGAAAUUAAUUUUCACUUCGUGGAUCACUUUUUUGUCUUCUUUAUGUGCGAGAGUACAAAACUCAGGUGUUUAUAAAAUCCUGCAAAACUGUGGAAUCCUCCAUAGAACGUCUCAUGAAAUGUGAGCCUUUUCUUCCAGCCAAUGAUAGCGAUGCAGAAUUGACAAAGGUUGAUAUCAGAAACUCCCUACUUUCUCUAACCUCUUCUUUGCCUAUAAGACAUAUUUCCUACGGCUCUAGGCCAAUCCAGGCCAUCAUUACCAGUACAGUGGACUGUGGUGGUUAUGCUUUUAAUCAUUGAAAAAGUACGUGUAGGUUAUGGGAUCCCAUUUGUCACAUUUAUUCUCUUUAUCGCCCACCACCUGUUUGCUCAACCCCUUUGCUGGUCAAGUUCUCAUUAUAGGAUGUCUUACUGUCUAAAAAAAAAAAAUUAGGCUUAACUUCUCUGACAGAUUGUGCGAAAUGUAGUUGACAAGCGUCUGAUUUAGUGAGCGUAGUUUUUUGCGUUGUGAUUAGGAGUGAAAGUUGUAAAACGUACACACAGUUAACAGACUGUUGUUUAUUUGCAGGGGAAGGAGGCCAACAUCCAUUUGGAGCCAUGAAUAUACCGCAGACUCCCUCCGUAGCGCAGAUAGGGAUCUCUGUGGAACUUUUGGAGCAGAUGGCACAACAAACGCCCGUAGCUAAUGCGGCUGUCUCCACGCUAGACUCCUUCACACAGGUACGUUUUCGGUAGAGAAAGAGCUAUAAGCCAUAUAUAGGUCUGUAUACUAUAGCCUGUUCUCUCAAGGCCUUGUCUUGUACCAUUGGGGUGAGGGGGUGGGGGCAUUCUGUGCUGUCCUUUCUCUAGAUAUAUAGUGCGAAGGAACAGAGAGCUCCUCUGUUUGCAUUCGCAAUCUGCUUUGUGGAAAUUAAGGCAUGAGUUGCAUAUAAUGUGCUGUAUGGGCAUUUCUGUGAUGAAGUUCCACUACCUGGUGCCUUUCCCUCUGUAAUGUUCCAGCUAAGUAUCUUUUUAAAAUGAAGAAUUAAAGUUAUUCUUCAUGAUUUCUCUGGGUUUCACAUUGUGUUUGUCUUUCUUGUAUGUGAAUUUCUCAGGUGUUUUUGUUUUGAGGUGUAUACAGGAUCAAUAUAUGAUCUAUUUCUCUUAAAGUCUCCCUGGCUGCACCUUCCUGUUAUCAAAACCCUUUGUGUGCAGCCACUGACCUAUAGACCUAUAUCUUUAAUGAUCUUCUUCUGCUGAUAACACGCUUCUAGGGGAACACUGAUACACAUAAUGGUAUUCGCAAUUGAAGUAUGGGAACUUUUAUAUAAAUGGGUGUAACGGAUCACCUGGCACCCCGACUGGGUACCUCCGUUGAAGGAUGCUCCUAGCGCUUCCUGAAGACUCCAAGCACUCUGGCAGACACCACAAUCACCGAACUGGAGAAGCAUAUGAGUACUUUUAAGCCUAUGAAUGUUGUAUACAGCCGAAUAGGAAAAACCACGCGAAUAGGUUUACACUCCUAGCAGUCAAACUGGAACAGCAUACAAUAAAUCCUCCCCCAAUAAUGAGAGGACACUUCACUUUGAGGGUUAAGCAGGAACUCCACUGUAAUGGCCACACACUGGCUUUAAUGCAAGUCUCCAUGCAAGGGGACAUCCCACAGGGUGGGACACAGUACAACCAAUCAGUUACAGGAGAACCGUAAAACACACCCAGCACAAACAAACAUCCCUCCCCUCUGCCUGUGAUAUAAUUACUGAACACAAUGGGUUAAUGUAAUUUAUCACAGGCAGGGAAAAUACACUUUUUACACAUACACUGUAACUUUAAAAAUAUGCAUCAUAUUCACAUAAAACAUACAUAUUCAGAAUCAUCAUACUUUAAAUAUAAACAUAACCAACAUUCAGCCAAUUCCAUCCAGGGGUUAAAAAGUUAAGGGAAAGUCCUAUUUGACCAAAUGAAGCAUGGCUUUUCUGCCCAAAACCAGUUCCACAGAGUCUUCUAUCCUGGAGAUAAUUGGAAAGUAAUCCAAUUAUCUCCAAGGACAGAGGCAAAACUCCAUUAGCCACAUGGCAGACAAAGGACAAUAAAAGACAAAAAAAUACAUACUGUUACAUUUAUCACAUAGAACAUACACAUUCUACCUAUCCCCUGAUAGCUUAGAUCUGAGCGCACAUUAUUACCGGAUGGUGCUCAGAUCACAUACAUACCGUUCAAUCGCCAUGGAGCCAAAGUCUUUCAUACAGUCUUUCAGUAUACGGCUGGGCUCCAUGGCAUAGCUAUCUGGGGAAGCAUGGCUUUAACAAUCCGCAGAAAGGCACGAAUAAACCUUUCUGCGGGGAAAAUAAAAGUUUAAAAUGCAGGACCAUAGUCUAAAGGGAGCAGGCGAGCAACCAGGCCUCUCCAGUGGACAGUGGCGAGGUUGGUUCCGCCACAAUGGGGUUCUUAACAACUAGCAUUGUACUCUGAUGACAGAGCUGUUGCUUACAUGAACACACGGAAGCCAGUGGACUCCGCAAGAAUAUUCAGUUAGUGAUUGCUGCAAUAUUAACCCAUUGCACUGUUUUAUUGAAGUGGUAUAAUUUUACCAUAAUCCCCGACUUUAUAAUUUGGCAGCAGCCAUAUUCCCACAACCGUACACACUAUCUAUCUUGCCUACUACUGAUGUAUUCUGCAUGCCGUCACCUGUAUUUGCCAUAUUUAAAUAGUCCGUUUGUGUAUUGCUAGCUUGUGUCAGGGAGGAAUGAGUAAUCCAAAUAUAUCUUUUUAUAAAACCUGCAUUAUUUCACAUGGUGUAUGGCACUUGUCACUAAAGGGUUACAUUAUUCUUGGCUUCCUCUCUUGCUUGUGUGUGUGUGUGUGUGUGUGCGCGCGCGCGCUUGCUUUGUGUUUUCAAAUGCAAAUGUCAGGAAAAGAAGUCAUUGAUCUGCUUCCCCUGCCCCGUACCAAUAUCUCAGUUUUUCAAGUCAACCUAAAAAGAAAGAAUGUCCAGCACUCCUUUUCUGCAAAUACCCUAUUUAUUAGCCACCCAAUAUACAGCUGUCACCUCAAAAACACUUUUUAAUAUAAUAAUCCUUCGACAUUAUCCGUUCCAUUAUCACGUCCACGAAUGAUGAUCGGUUUGUUUCUUCUUUCUGUUUUACUUGUUUUUGCAAGGUGACUUUCACUUGCUAGCCACGUGUAUAUAGUUCUCACUGCUUCCUGGUGGUCUUUCAUUGGGUUUCACCUGAGACCCACAGAAGGUCUUUGUUCUAAUCCUUAAAAUAUCCUCUAAAUAUCCCUAGGAUAUUUUUUUUUCCUUUAAAAACCUUCCAUCCGUUUUCCUUUCUACACCUGUUACUCUCACCCCCGCCUCCCAUCUUUUCCCUUAAUUAUGGCUGCUCCUCCAUUUUAGUUUUCACUUUAACCAGAACUGAUUUUUUUUUUUUUUAAAUGCUGUGUAAUGCAUCUAAUUUUUUUUAUUUUUUUUUAUUUUUUAUUCGUACAUUUUAGUUUACACAGAAGAUGUUGGAUAACUUCUACAACUUUGCCACAUCGUUCGCAGUGUCACAGGCUCAGAUGACACCAAGCCCUUCAGAAGCCUUUAUUCCAGCAAAUGUUGUCCUCAAAUGGUAAGAACGUUUUUGCAGUCUGUCAUAAUAAUAAUAAUAUAUAUAAUUUCAUAAUCUCUCAAAAACCAAAAAGGUUAUGGUGGGGAUAAAUUUGUGAUUGAACACCCCUUCCACCUGUUAAACAAAAAUCUACACACCAGUCAAGCCAUAAGACUUGCUUUUCCUACAAGAAUCACAAAAUUGCAGCGAUGUUACUACCGCAAAGGAUUCUGGGUGAGCAUAUGCAAAUUAGUUUAACAAAGCCUCACAUUUUUGCCUCAUUCCAUUUUAAACAUGGAUUCCUUUGAGUCUGUGUUUGCUGUAUACAACAGCUUUGAAACACAACUUAGAAAAAGAUGCAAAGCCAGUGGUUCACAUCCCCUUGAGGAGCGAUGGCGGUCCUGAACCGUCAUUACGGAAAACGUGUAGCUGGAGUGAUCAGAGAUCGCUUUUGCCGAAAUCCAGCUGUUACGAUCUGCCAGGCAUGCAAGGCAGAAGUAACAGCCAAUUAUGUCGUUUGAGCCCUCUUUCCUCUGAAGCGUUUUGAGAGAGAGAGAGAGACAAAGAUCUUGAUAGUUUGUUGCCAGAAGUGUUGGAGAACCUGUGAAAAAGUGUCAAAAAUAAAUAAAAUUCCUUUUAACCCCUUCCCUGACAAAUGAUGUUACAGCAGUGCAUUUAUACUGUCUGUAUUUUUUUUUUUGCCCUUAAGGGCUAUUUUUUGUUAAAAAUUGUGUGUUGGAGUGUGUUUGUGUGGUGUUUGAAAGCGGCAAAUUUUUGUCACUAGCCUUCCCCCAAAUCUCCAUUAGAUUCUUUUUGCAGGAGUUAGUUUAGAGAUUUCUGCUAAAGGACGUUUUAGUCUGUUUUAGUCUGUUUUAGUCAUUUUAGCAUAGUUAGGUAGAUUGUAAAAAAAAAAAAAAAUUGUUAGGUUAGUCAGGUAGUGUGUUGGUGAAAUAUGCUGUGCAUGUAUAGUUUUGAGGAGGCAUAUGCCUUCUUGGCGUCAGACUCUGACGCCACUGACACUGCGUUCGAUUUUGACCCAGGUCAGUUUUCUGACACGUCAUCUGUGUGUGAGCCGGUUGCAAAAAGAAGCUGUGCUUCCCCUGCUAUGCCGAAUGUGGAGGAGGAGUGGGUACCUCCACAGUUAGCUGAGCCUAACAUCCCCCCUUUUAGUGCCAACGCAGGCAUUAAUGUCAAUGUGCAUGACUUCUCCACUAUGCAAUAUAUGGAGUUAUUUUUAAGGGAAUACCAUCUGGGAGGAGACUAAUCUAUGUGCUACACAAUUUAUUAAUACCAAUCUGGGUAGCUAUGCAAUCAGGGAACAUGCUUGGCCCACAGAUGUUCAUAAACUGAAAAAAUUCUGGGCUCUUACUAUACUCAUGGAGAUUAUAAAAAAAGCUAUCCAUUUGCUCUUACUGGAGCACCAACCUGAUCUGUUCUGGUCCAGUGUACUCCCAAACCAUGUCUAGAGCAAGAUAUGAGACGCUGCUCCGAUAUGACAAUGACAAUACCCUCUGUCAUCCCAGAGAUCACCCCCAAUAUGAUAGGCUUCAUAAAACACGCCCAUUGGUAGACCAUCUUCAUCACAAAUUUUCUGAAGUUUAUACCCCCCAACAAAAUGUAUCAAUUGAUGAAUCCUUAAUGAAAUAUAGAAACAAAGAAUGACAACAGAUUAGAACAAUUCGGCCCAUCUAGUCUGCCCAAUUUUCUAAAUAUUUUCAUUAAGGGACACUCCAGGCACCCAGACCACUUCUGCCUAUUGGGGUGGUCUGGGUGCCAACUCCCACUACCCUUAACUCUGAAAGUGUAAUUAUUGCAGUUUUUAUAAACUGCAAUAAUUACUUUGCAGGGUUAGGUUCUCCUCUAGUAGCUGUCUAUCAGACAGCCACUUGAGGGACUUUUCUGUGUUCUUAGAACACGAAAAGUGUUUUAAACGACGCUGGACGUCCUCCCACUAUGCAUGAGGACCUCCAGGGUCUCCGGAAUCCCCAUAGGAAAGCUUUGAAUAAAGCGCAUGCGCAUUGUCUCCCCGGCCGACUGACAGCGGGGGAGGAGCGUGGGCAGAGCCUGACCCAGCAACGAGGGACAUCGAGCUGGAUUCAGGUAAGUCACUGAAGGGGUUUUAACCCCUUCAGCAACAUGGGGAGGGGGGCAAUGCAGGGUCCUGCAGUGCCAGGGAAAACUGAUAUGUUUUCCUGGCACUGGAGAGUCCAUUUAGGCCCUGGCCUUAUCUUAUAGCUAGGAUAGCCUUAUGCCUAUCCCACGCAUGCUUAAACUCCUUCACUGUGUAAAUCUCUACCACUUCAGCUGGAAGGCUAUUCCAUGCAUCCACUACCCUCUCAGUAAAGUAAUUCUUCCUGAUAUUAUUUUUAAACCUUUGCCCCUCUAAUUUAAAGGGAGAUUAGAAUUCAAACGGUACAUCCCCUCAAAGCGCUCUAGGUUUGGUGUAAAAGUGUACAAACUGCAAGAGCCAAAGUGGCUAUACAUUUGCCUUUUUGCGUAUAUGAGGGGAAAGAUGGUCAACUGGACCCUCCUGGCUGUCCUGACUCUCUGGGGGACAAGUGGGAAAAUUGUUUGGGACCUACUGAUCCCCUUGUUCAAUAAAGGUCACCACCUUUUAUGUGGACAAUUUUUAUAGCAGUGUUCAUUUGUUUCAAACUCUUUAUGGUUUGCAGACACUGGUCUGCGGCACUGUGAGAAAAAUUCCAAAGAUUUCCCCAGACCUCUUAUAGAGGCCAAAUUAACAAAAGGUGAUUGCAAAGCUCUGCGCAAAGCUCUGCGCAAAGCUGAACUGCUAGCAAUAAAAUUUAAGGACAGGAAGGAUGUUAACAUGCUAACCACCAUCCACGACGAAAUCAAGUCAGACGUUACUGUCCGAGGCAGAGUACAGACCAAACCUGUUCAUUUAAAAAAAAUGAAUCCAGGAAAAACCACCUUUCUCCAAUUUCAGCUGGAGCUGAUUUCUACAAUCAGUUAUGAAGAUGGUCAAGUUCCAACAACAAUGCUAGAGGAGUAGAGAAUUGGUGCUACACGUUUUAUUUUUAAGAUCCUGCCAACUGAAAAAAAGCAAUCCCCAGAAAUGUUGCAGAGUCUGUUAUAAAAAAGGGGAAAGGACAGACACCCCUUUUUACUGUCCCGGUUGCCCUUCAAAACCUGGACUGCGUAUUGGAAUGUGUUUUAAAGGAUCACUGUAGGGUCAGGAACACAAACAUAUAUUCCUGACCCUAUAGUUCUAAACUCGCCAUUUAGGUGGCUUGCCCCCCUAUAAAAGUUUAAAACUCACCUUAUUUCCAGCGCAGCGCGGGUAAAAGUAAAAAAAAAAAAAAAAGUGUUUUUUUUUUUUUUACAUUUUUUUCACCAUAUUUUAUUAUUUUUUAUUUUUAUUAUAUAACCUGAUACAAAUAAUGGUCUGUAAAGAAAGCCCUUCUUUUCCUGGAAAAAACCCCAAAACAAUAUAUAAUUUGUAAGGGACCAGUAAAUGAGAGAGAGAGAGAGGAAAGUUACAGCUAAACACAAACACAACAAAAGUGUUAAAACAGCCCUGGUCCUUAACGAACAACAUUGAAUAGUAUAUGUGGAACUGCACUCACACCCACAAAUCUGAGCCAGGGUGCUUACUGAGCCGGAAUCAAACACCAGAUUUCCAAACAUUAGUAAAAUAAUAGGGGUCCAGGCACUCCUUGGUUCAAAACAGGUACUUUAUUAAGAACCACAACAGCAAUGUUUUGACCAAAAGGUCUUUGUCAAGCACUUGACAAAGACCUUUUGGUCGAAACAUUGUUGUGGUUCUCAAUAAAGUGCCUGUCUUGAACCAAGGAGUGCCUGGACCCCUAUUAUUUCAUGGCCAAAACAGUCCGGUCCUGUGGUUAAACUUUAAUAUUUUGGGAUUACUUUUUUGUGUUUUUUCCCCCCUAAAACUAUUAAAAUAUAUUUUUUUUUUAACUAGAGUCCUAUAUUCAAAAAUCUUUUGGUGGGAAUUAAUGUAGUACUAUUAAAUCCACACUAGACUGAGAAAAUGCAGAUACAUUCCAAAAAGAAACGCAAGGAGGCAGAUCAGGGGCAGAGCCAGCACAAUUCAAACACAGCCCUGGCCAAUCAGCAUCUCCUCAUAGAGAUGAAUUGAAUCAAUGAAUCUCUAUGAGGAAAGUUCAGUGUCUGCAUGCAGAGGGAGGAGACACUGAAUGUUUGGAUGCAUUUUAGGCAGCCAUGACCCAGGAAGGAUCUCUAACAGCUAUCUAAGGAGUGGCCAGUGAAGUUAUCACUAGGCUGUAAUGUAAACACUGCUUCCGGACAUUCAGUGUCUCCACCCUCUGCAUGCAGACACUGAACUUUCCUCAUAGAGAUUCAUUGAUCCAAUUCAUCUCUAUGAGGAGAUGCUGAUUGGCCAGGGCUGUGUUUGACUUGUGUUGGCUCUGCCCCUGAUCUGCCUCCUUAACAGUCUCAGACAAUCUAAUGGAAAGCACUGUGAUUUGCUCACAGAAUCACUUCUGGCGAUGUCAGCCAAGAAGGCAGAUCAGGAGCAGAUACAGCAGCUUCAGACUUGAAUAGAAGUAAGAUUUUACUAUAUUUAGGGAGGCAAGGGGGGGGGGGGUGCAAGGGAGCUUGAUGGUAGUUUUAACACUAUAGGGUCAGGAAUACAUGGUUUGUUCCUGACCUUUUAGUGUUCCUUUAAGUUUAAAAUUCUCCUCCUUGAAUUCCUACUAAUUCUCAGUUUACUGAAUUACCAUGUUGGUGUUCAGUUGACUAAAAUUUUAUAUUUAGUGACUAAACUCACUGUGUUCUUGACUGUUAACUAUAUACCCAGCAGGGAUAGCCAGUGAGCAUUUUGCCAGUGUACCAAGGACAAGCAGGAGUCACUAAAAUAUAAAAAAAAAAAAUACAAUAGUCCUUAAUUUAUACAAGAAUAUAAAAGCAAAUGCAGUAGAAUGUAGACAUGAUUAGUGUUUCUAUAGACUCCUCCCCCCCAGUAGACGGUGUUGUUAAUUAAUAUAGUAUUUGUGCAUCGUGGGUAGAAUCUCGAUUCACUGAAUAACCGUACAUACAGCUAAAUUACAGAGAAUAAUUCAAUAGAUGUACUAUCAGAAUAUCAUGUGGCAUUCACCUUCUGCAAUUCUGUUGAUGGCUGAUGUCCACUAAUAGUCUUGAUACUGUUGUGUAUCUGUGUGAGAAUUUACACCCUACCUCCUUUAUCUAUACAUUGGGCUUGCCAAACAACUAGCAAAGUGUGUACACAAAAGUAACUUUACUUUGUGAACCCUUUGUACUGUUAUCCUAUAUUGUCACGUAUAUGCAUUUUCUUUCUGAAAGAUACCUUCUUGCUUCUUCUGUUAAUUCCUUUUUUUCUAUGGGACUUUAAUAAGGAUUGAAUUGUUAACAUACCAAUUGGAUCCAAGAACCUGUACGGUUUUUAUGUAUUUAAUUUUCCUAUUAUAUCAUUCCUCCUCAGGUAUGAGAAUUUCCAAAGACGUUUGGCACAGAAUCCAUUCUUCUGGAAGACGUAG